GCCUGAUGAGCUGGCCGUGCUUUCUCCAAUAUAAGCCAUUUGCAGGCAAAAGACCCGUGAAAACUUUCUGAAUUUUUGUUUCACAAAACUAGAAGGCUGAUCCUCGGAUGCCAUUGAAUAUUUCUGUGUUUCAGCAGUAAGUAAAAUACCAUCAAAAUGUCGACGUCGGCGGUUUUCGUUCUUGAUAUAAAAGGAAAGGUGAUAAUUUCUCGGAAUUAUCGUGGAGAUAUUGAGAUGUCCUUGAUCGAAAAGUUCAUGCCUCUUGUGUUGGAAAAGGAAGAAGAAGGAAGUCAAACGCCCAUUUGCGUUCACCAGGAUGUUACUUUCGUAUAUAUCAAGUACAAUAAUCUCUAUCUGGUAUCAAUGACAAAGAAGAAUGCAAAUGUGGCUUUGUUGUUUGUUUUCCUCCACAAGUUAGUGCAGGUGUUUACAGAAUACUUCAAGGAACUUGAGGAAGAAAGUAUCAGAGAUAAUUUUGUGAUUAUAUAUGAACUGCUGGAUGAGUUGGUGGACUUUGGAUAUCCACAGUUUACUGAGACAAAGAUCUUACAGGAGUAUAUUACUCAGGAAGGUCACAAGUUAGAUGUUGGUGCACCUAAACCUCCUGUUGCUUUGACAAAUGCUGUCUCAUGGAGAGGAGAGGGUGUGAAAUAUCGCAAAAAUGAAGUUUUCUUGGAUGUGAUUGAAUCAGUCAAUCUUUUGGUUAGUGCAAAUGCUAAUGUGUUACAGAGUGAAAUUGUUGGUGCAGUUAAGAUGAGAUGUUAUCUAACUGGCAUGCCUGAACUGCGGCUGGGAUUGAAUGACAAAAUUUUGUUUGAAAGCACAGGACGAAGCAAGAGCAAAGCAGUAGAACUGGAGGAUGUCAAGUUUCAUCAGUGUGUCCGUCUGUCUAGAUUUGAGAAUGACCGCACAAUUUCUUUCAUUCCUCCUGAUGGUGAAUUUGAACUGAUGUCCUACAGACUCAACACACAUGUGAAACCCUUGAUUUGGAUCGAGUCAGUUAUUGAGCGUCACUCUCAUAGCAGAGUAGAGUACAUGAUUAAGGCCAAGAGCCAAUUCAAGCGGCGUUCGACUGCCAACAAUGUUGAGAUUCAUAUUCCUGUUCCUCCAGAUGCUGACUCUCCUAAAUUUAAACAAACAGUAGGAGUUGUAAAGUACACCCCAGAGGACAAUGAAAUCGUGUGGAAUAUGAAAUCCUUCCCGGGAGGGAAAGAGUUCUUGUUGAGAGCUCAUUUCAGGCUGCCAAGUGUGGAUUCAGAGGUGGACGAAGGUAGACCACCCAUCAAGGUCAAAUUCGAAAUUCCUUACUUUACAGUAUCUGGCAUUCAGGUCCGUUAUCUCAAGAUUAUAGAAAAGAGCGGCUACCAAGCCCUUCCUUGGGUUCGUUACAUCACCCAAAAUGGAGAUUACCAGUUGAGAACAACAUGAAAAAGAGAGGCCGCACCUUCCAUGUACAACAUUAAAUCUAUCUUGUGAAGACAUUUGCCGAUGAGGAAAACUGAAAAAAGAGAAAUAUUAGAUAUCCCCUCCUUUGUUCUUGCUAGACAAUGCACUGUCCACACAACAGCUCAAGAGUAGCGACAAACUUAGAAGCUGGAGGUUUUUAUUUUGAUAUAACGCUAAGUUCUCACAGCCAAUUUAUGAGGAAAGAUAUAGCAGCUUAAAAGGAGAAUUACGCAUUAGAUCGCUGAAGUUUAAGAGAUGUCAUACCAAAAAAGGAAAAAGAAAAAGCUAGUUUAACCUUUUCAACCCUAAGAGUGAUCAGCAUCGUAUUUCUCCUUUCCCUUUUAUUGCUGAAUCAUUUAUUAAAAUGAUGAGAAUUAAAGAAAUGAUCGCCAACCUAACAAGCUUUGAUUGUGUAGCAAAUUCUCCUUUUCACUACCAAAAGAAAUGUAAAGACAGUGGUAUGGAGAAUAUGGAUAUUGAUUUUAAGGGUUAAGUUCGAGAAUGAAAACUAUAAAGGAGUUCGACAGAAUCAAGUUGAAUGCUCUUUAAGUAAUAAAUCAUACGCUUCUUGUUGUUCAGUUAGAGAUCUCAUUCGGCAAAAUCUUUAGUAAAUAAAGUAUUGGCAUUUUUCGUAAA